UAAUAUGAGCUGGAAUCAGGUUGGAGAAAUGAAUGGUAUGAAAGAUGAUCUUCCUUCCACUUCAUGGGAUAUUCGUCAAAAUCACAUAACCCAUGAGACGAUACCACAAAUUCUGGUACCAACCCCAAUAAAAAUACCUGCAGUUGCAUUAGAUGCUGGUGCAAUGGUGCAUCCUCACAUCCAGGCACCUCAUUUACUUCCUAGUCCAUAUGUGGAGGCAGAACUCCCACCAGAGCUAAUUCAAGAAGGUUGGCGGAAAUUUUGGAGUAAACGUGAAGGUAGACCGUAUUAUUGGAACAAGCUUAGUGGAGAAUCUCUGUGGGAAAUGCCUAAAACUCAGUAUGAUCCAAUUACUGAUCCGCUUGGUAUUGGUGGUCCUGGGCAAGUUCCACCAAGUCCGAUGCAGCACCCCAUAAAACGGAGGUCAACAGAGGAGUCAGUUGGACCUCCACCCCCCAAAAAAAUAGCUCUUUCUGGCCCAUGGGAUCUGGAUGUUCCUACAAAUGUAAUAGUUCUAGAAAGGCUUCCCUUGAACAUGCCUCAUCCGCAUCCAGUUACAGAAGCUAUGCGCUAUGCUCUUGCUUCUAAGCUGAGAUUAACUUAUCGAGAGCUUUGCCAAUCAAGAGAAGGAAUUGACGCUCCCAGAGAAUCGUUCAACAGGUGGUUGAUGGAACGAAAAACUGUUGAUAUGGGAUCAGAUCCUCUUCUGCCUUCACAUUGUGUUCCUGAGAUUUCAAUGUCUAUGUAUAAAGAAAUUAUAAAUGAUAUCCCUAUAAAAUUAAUUAAACCUAAAUUUACUGGGGAUGCAAGAAAACAGUUGUCCCGAUAUGCAGAAGCUGCCAAGAAUCUCAUUGAAUCGAGAAAUACUUCUCCUGAAAGCCGUAAAGUUGUUAUGUGGAAUGUAGACGAUACAUUUCAUUGGUUGCGAAGAACUGUUGGUUCAAGUUUUGACGACUAUCAAGAUCGAUUAGCACAUCUGAGGGAGCAGUGUCAGCCACAUUUAACAGAAACUGUGAAAGAAUCUGUUGAAGGCAUCUGUCUUAAAAUAUAUCAUCUGUCUUCAGAGUAUGCCAAAAAGAUUCGUGAAAAACAUAUUGAAAUUUUAAAAGAACAUGGAAUAUCUGAACCGAGAGGAAGCGGGAAUAUUCUGAGUUUGUCCCGUAAAGUUUGGUGUUAUCCAGUUCAGUUUAGUACUCCAUGCCCACGUCUACCCUCUGUAGAUUUUAGCAUGGACCAGGUUAAAGACCAAACUCUUCUUAGGUUUCAGGGGGAAACAGUGAAUAUCAAUACCCCUUACCUUCAUAAACUUGAAUAUAUGUACCGUAUUUCAUGUUUUGAUGACAAAAAGCUGGAGUUAUUUUUAACACGUGUGUGGAUGUUAUUGAAGCGUUAUGCAGCUUAUGUGGGUCCUUCACAUUGGAGCCAGACUUCACUCCCUACUCCAGUUUUUGAUGCACUUCAUAAGGUUUUCCAAGUUACCUUUGAAUGUUUUGCUUCACCACUCAAUUCAUAUUUUAGACAGUAUUGCUCAGCAUUUCCUGAUAUUGAUUCUUAUUUCGGAUCCAGAGGACCAAUUCUAGACCUAAAAAUAGUAUCAGGAUCAUUUGUGGCCAACCCUCCUUAUUGUGAAGAACUUAUUCACACAGCUAUUGCACAUUUUGAACGUUGCCUUUCUGAAUCUGCAGAUCCAUUAUCAUUCAUUGUAACUCUUCCUGACGAUUUACCUAAUUCACUUUUAAAACUUGAAGCGUCGCCAUUUAGAAGAAAACAAAUAGUUGUGCCUAAUCUUGAGCAUGAGUACCGUCAUGGAUUUCAGCAUACGAUGGCAAAGAAUGAAGUGAAUUUAAAAUCAUCACAUGGAAUUGUGAUUGUUUGGCUGCAAAACAAUGCUGGUUACCAACAAUGGGGUCCUACAGAUGACCGUGUGGAUGUUCUUCUUGAAGCUCUUCGGCCAGGAAGACCUUCACCUGUUCCUCCUCCUGCUCCAAAUGCACCCACAGAGUAAAAUAUUAAAUUAAUUUAAUUAAUAUUUAAAUAGGAGAUAUCCACAAAUAAUAUUGUGGUUUUUGCAUAGAACAGUUUAGAUUAUACCAAGUUAUGGACUCGUUACAUAGACACGGGCUGCCUUGAUUACAAGUACACUUUCCACUUUCUCCUU